CUCGAUAAUUGAAAAGAGGGACUAAUUCGUUGUGUUAUUAUUUGUUUGCAGGGACUGAAGUUGUUGAAGGCGGCAUUACAAACUGAUGCAGUUCUCACAACUGUCUUCCUUGGCAAAAGUGUUGAAGGAAAGAUCGAAAUUGGUGGCGAUUAGAAAUAGCAGUGACUUAGCUACUUCUACCACCCCCCCCACUCCGGAUUUUUUUUAUGUAGUGAGAUUUUGAUGUUUCUUCGAGGCUCUGAGUUGAGAAAUAAUACUUGUUGGCUCCAAAGCUCCGAUGGCCGAUGUCCUCUCCCAGGAAGAAAACGACGACGUUCUGCCGCUGCUCAAAAUCCCAGAAAAAAAACGUUACAGAACAGUUACAAGCAACACCAACUAGACGGCAGAAACCUCUGCGUUUGAGGGUCAACUCAGCUCCCUCACCUCCCUUCCACCAUCUUUGACUGAGUCAUUCUCGCCCCCCAAUCCUUCCGAGUCGACUCACUUAUUCUAUUCCCAUCCCCUAUUUUUUUUCUCAGUCAUACCGUAUACGCGAAAUAUUGUGUACCGCCUGCAGGUGUUCAAGUGCCAACACGUCGAGGUUCAUCUCGUUCCAGCUUCAAUUUCACAGGAUCUGAAUCAAAUUCGCGUUUGUAGUCCGAAAAUACCUAGCUUUGCUAGGGUUUUGAUGCGGUGGUCGUGCCAGGGUUUUUGAAUUUUGUUGUGUUUUGCUGUACACCAGCUUUGUGCGGCUAGGGGUUUACUGUCUGCGAGGAUGAUGGUAUCGAGGGGAUUGUUUGGGUGGUCGCCGCCACACAUUCAGCCGCUGACUCCUGUGUCGGAAGUUUCAGAGCCGCCGGAGUCACCCUCUCCGUACAUGGACAAUGGCUCCGACGUGCUUCCGCCUGAGAUGGAGGAGGAGAUUGAGGAUGAGAAUGAGGAGAUGGAGCCGCCGCCUGCUGCUGUGCCUUUCUCAAAGUUGUUUAUUUGUGCUGAUCGCCUGGAUUGGUUUCUCAUGGCGGUUGGAUCACUAGCGGCAGCUGCCCAUGGCACUGCCCUGGUACUUUACUUGCAUUACUUUGCUAAAAUCAUUCAGUUGCUCAGGCACAGCUCGGAGCCCCCAGAUAAGUUGUUUGACAGAUUCAAUGAGCUUGCUUUGACCAUUGUUUAUAUUGCUGCUGGUGUUUUCGCUGCUGGUUGGAUUGAGGUAUCGUGCUGGAUUCUUACCGGAGAGCGGCAGACUGCUGUAAUAAGAUCAAAAUAUGUUGAAGUUUUACUGAAUCAAGAUAUGAGUUUCUUUGAUACCUAUGGAAAUAAUGGAGAUAUUGUCAGCCAAGUAUUGAGUGAUGUUCUUCUUAUUCAGUCAGCUCUUAGUGAAAAAGUGGGGAACUAUAUCCACAAUAUGGCUACAUUUUUCAGUGGUCUUGUGAUUGGAUUUGUUAACUGUUGGCAAAUUGCUCUCAUAACUUUAGCCACUGGCCCAUUCAUUGUAGCAGCAGGAGGAGUAUCAAAUAUAUUUUUACAUAGACUCGCGGAGAACAUCCAAGAUGCAUAUGCUGAAGCUGCUAGUAUCGCAGAACAGGCAGUCUCUUAUAUUAGAACAUUAUACGCUUUCACAAAUGAAACUUUGUCAAAAUAUUCAUAUGCAUUAUCUCUUCAAGCUUCUCUGAGAUAUGGUAUAUUAAUAAGUCUUGUUCAAGGCCUUGGACUUGGCUUUACAUACGGGCUUGCCAUUUGUUCCUGUGCAUUGCAACUAUGGGUUGGAAGGCUUUUGGUCAUUAAUGGGAAAGCUCAUGGUGGUGAAAUUGUAUCAUCCUUAUUUGCUAUUAUGCUAAGUGGCCUUGGGCUAAAUCAGGCAGCAACAAACUUCUAUUCGUUCGAGCAAGGGAGAAUCGCUGCAUAUAGACUCUUCGAGAUGAUAAGCCGUUCAUCCUCCAGUGUUAAUAAUGAAGGAAUUACCCUUGCUUCUGUUCAAGGAAAUAUUGAGUUUCGAAAUGUGUACUUUAGCUACCUCUCUCGUCCCGAAAUUCCUAUCCUCAGUGGAUUUUACCUCAGCGUCCCAUCAAAAAAGGCUGUAGCACUUGUCGGGAGAAAUGGGUCUGGGAAAAGUAGUAUCAUUCCACUUAUGGAGCGGUUUUAUGAUCCUACAUUGGGAGAAGUCCUUUUAGAUGGAGAAAAUAUAAAAAAUUUAAAGCUGGAGUGGCUCAGAAACCAAAUUGGUUUAGUAACCCAGGAACCUGCUUUGUUAAGUUUGAGCAUCAAAGAUAAUAUUGCAUAUGGGCGGGAUGCUUCUUUUGAUCAAAUUGAGGAAGCUGCAAAAAUUGCGCAUGCUCAUACAUUUAUCAGUUCACUUGAGAGAGCAUAUGACACUCAGGUGGGCAGAGCUGGUCUAGCAUUGACUGAGGAGCAAAAAAUAAAGCUUUCUAUUGCCAGAGCUGUUCUCUCAAAUCCAUCUAUCCUUCUCCUUGAUGAGGUUACUGGUGGACUUGAUUUUGAGGCUGAAAGAUCUGUUCAGGAAGCUUUGGAUCUCCUCAUGUUAGGCCGAUCAACUAUCAUUAUAGCAAGACGGCUUAGCCUAAUCAGGAAUGCUGAUUACAUUGCUGUAAUGGAGGAAGGUCAAUUAGUUGAAAUGGGUACACAUGAUGAACUGAUUACAUUGGAUGGCCUCUAUGCUGAACUGCUUAAAUGUGAAGAAGCCGCGAAACUUCCGCGCAGGUUGCCAAUGAGAAAUUACAGGGAUAUUUCAACUUUUCAAAUUGAAGAUUCUUCAGCAAGCCACAGCUUCCAAGAACCCUCAUCCCCGAGAAUGAUCAAGUCACCAUCUCUGCAAAGGACUUCUGCCCUACAUACAUUCCGAGCUUCUGAUGCUACAUUUAAUUCACUAGAAUCUCCCCGCAAUAUGAGUCCUCCACCGGAGCAGAUGGUUGAAAACGGAACUACGUUAGAUGGACAGACUAAGGAGCCAUCCAUAAAAAGGCAGGAUAGUUUUGAAAUGAAACUUCCAGAGCUACCUAAGAUUGAUGUUCAUUCUGGAAAUCGCCUAAAACCCAGUUCUGAUCCUGAGUCACCUGUAUCUCCACUAUUGACAUCUGAUCCAGAUAAUGAGCGUUCUCAUUCACAGACCUUUUGUCGGCCGACUAAUGUGUUUUAUGAUGACCCCCCAACGAAAACUAGAGAAAUAAAGGACACACAACAUCAAGAGCCGCCAUCAUUCUGGAGGCUUGUUGAGCUUAGUCUUGCAGAGUGGUUUUAUGCUGUUUUAGGAAGCAUGGGUGCUGCAUUAUUCGGUUCUUUUAAUCCACUCCUUGCUUAUGUCAUUGCACUUAUUGUAACGGCGUACUAUAGGAUUGAUGAUAAAAAUCACUUAGAAAAUGAAGUGAACAAGCGGUGCUUAAUUAUUACCUGCAUGGGAAUUGUGACGGUAAUUGCCAACUUUUUGCAGCACUUUUAUUUCGGUAUCAUGGGAGAGAAAAUGACGGAACGUGUUAGGAGGAUGAUGUUUUCUGCAAUGCUUCGGAAUGAGGUUGGGUGGUUCGAUGAAGAGGAAAAUAGUGCAGAUAACUUGUCAAUGCGAUUGGCUAAUGAUGCUACAUUUGUUCGUGCUGCUUUUAGCAAUCGACUUUCGAUAUUCAUUCAGGACAGUGCAGCUGUGUUCGUUGCUGUUCUUAUUGGGAUGAUUCUGCAGUGGCAGUUGGCCCUGGUUGCAUUAGCUACUCUUCCUGUUCUUGUCAUUUCUGCAAUAGCACAGAAACUGUGGCUUGCUGGCUUCUCCAAGGGAAUUCAGGAUAUGCAUAGGAAGGCAUCUCUAGUCCUUGAGGAUGCAGUUAGAAACAUUUACACAGUUGUAGCAUUUUGUGCUGGAAAUGAGGUCAUGGAGCUCUACAGAUUACAGUUACAAAUGAUAUUCAAGAAGAGUUUCCUCCACGGGAUGGCCAUUGGGUUUGGUUUUGGAUUUUCACAAUUUCUCCUUUUUGGCUGCAACGCCCUUCUCCUUUGGUACAUUGGACUCUCAGUGAAAAGGGAGGAUGUGAAUCUUUCCACAGCUCUUAAAGAAUACAUGGUGUUUUCUUUUGCAACUUUUGCUCUGGUAGAGCCUUUCGGUUUGGCUCCCUAUAUCCUAAAGAGAAGAAAAUCUCUAAUAUCUGUUUUUGAGAUAAUCGAUCGGGUCCCACAAAUCGAACCAGAUGAUGAAUCAGCCCUCAAACCUCCUAAUGUUUAUGGAAGCAUAGAGUUAAAAAAUGUUGACUUCUCUUAUCCCACCAGACCAGAAAUUCUGGUCUUGAGCAAUUUCAGUCUAAAAGUCAACGGAGGUCAAACUGUGGCAGUUGUGGGUGUCUCGGGCUCUGGAAAGAGCACCAUAAUAUCCCUUAUACAGAGAUUCUAUGAUCCGGUUGCUGGUCAGGUUUUUCUAGACGGCAGAGAUUUGAAAUCGUACAACCUAAGAUGGUUAAGGAACCACUUAGGUCUCGUACAACAGGAGCCGAUUGUGUUCUCGACAACCAUAAGGGAAAACAUAAUAUACGCAAGGCACAACGCGAGUGAAGCCGAAGUGAAAGAGGCAGCUAGGAUAGCAAAUGCUCAUCAUUUCAUCAGCAGUUUGCCGCAUGGGUACGAUACCCAUGUAGGGAUGCGGGGCGUGGAUCUCACCCCUGGGCAGAAACAGAGGAUCGCGAUUGCCCGUGUGGUCUUGAAAAAUGCUCCCAUUUUGUUGUUGGACGAAGCGAGCUCGUCGAUCGAGUCUGAGUCGAGCCGGGUGGUCCAGGAGGCUCUCGAUACCCUGAUAAUGGGUAACAAGACGACCAUCCUCAUUGCCCACCGGGCGGCAAUGAUGAGGCACGUCGACAACGUUGUAGUGUUAAAUAGCGGGCGGAUCGUCGAGGAAGGGACCCACGACUCGCUGAUGGCAAAAAACGGUUUGUAUGUCCGCUUGAUGCAACCCCACUUUGGGAAAGGGUUGCGCCAUCAGCACAGACUCAUCUAAAAGCAUGGGAGUGUACUGUAAGUAUAUCGUCUCUCUACUGAUCCCCAACAGAUUUAAAGCCUUUGUUUGGCACGAGAGAGUUGCAGAAGCAAGAUCUUCCAAAGAACGAAUAGAGAUGAAACAGGGCUUUAUUCCCAGGGAGGAAUGGAAAUGGUGGAUCCACCUCUUCCUCAUCCCUUUCUCGACCAUUUUUUCUUCUCUGUUUCAUCCCUAAACCAAAGGCUAGGAUUAAGGCGGUCUUUUCGGAAAUGGGGGGCAUAACAGAAAACAACAAAGCUUUCUAGAUUGCAAGCUUCAGUGUUAAGAGGAGUGAAGAUUGGGGUUGUUUUGUUAUAGGGAUUAGUGUGUGGGUGUGCUCUCUCACUUAAAGUAGAACUUCAGUCAGGAUUAGGAGGGUAUUGUUAUUAUUAUUAUUAUUCUUUUGGAGGCAGGGACGGGCGAGGCCGCAUUCGUAUAGUAUCAAAUCCUUGUGUCUGAAAUGAGUAUAUUGAUUUGUUAAUUAAGGAAUGAAUCUUUGAUUUCUUUCUCUCUUAUUUGUGUGCCGUGGCUGUGAUUUUUUGUGUGGUGAAGUUUCUUACACGGGCAGGAUGAGUACAAAGCUGGAAAUAUU